GUACAGCAGCCCGCCCUCCGCCUCGGUCAUGGUACUGGGCCGCGGGCUGCUCGGCUGUCGGACCCUAGCUGUGCUGAGAGCUUCUUGCGCCCGUCGCGGCCUGGGUCCAGCCCUGCUGGGAAUCUUUCUCCAUCACACGGAUUUAAGGAAGAGCUUGACCGUGGAGCAGGGCACAAUGAAGGUUGAGUUACUGCCUGCUCUGACUGACAAUUACAUGUACCUGAUCAUCGAUGAUGAUACCAAGGAGGCUGCCAUUGUGGACCCGGUGCAGCCCCAGAAGGUUCUGGAAAUGGUGAGGAAGCAUGGUGUGAAGCUGACUACAGUGCUCACCACCCACCACCACUGGGACCACGCUGGUGGGAACGAGAAGCUGGUCAAGUUGGAGCCUGGGUUGAAGGUGUAUGGGGGUGAUGACCGGAUCGGAGCCCUGACUCACAAGGUCACACACCUGUCCACACUGCAGGUGGGGUCUCUCAACGUCAAGUGCCUGUCAACGCCAUGUCACACUUCCGGACACAUCUGCUACUUUGUGAGCAAACCCAACAGUCCCGAGCCCCCCGUGGUGUUCACAGGCGACACAUUGUUUGUGGCUGGCUGCGGGAAGUUCUACGAGGGGACAGCGGAUGAGAUGUACAAAGCCCUGUUCGAGGUCCUGGGCCGGCUCCCUCCAGACACGAGAGUGUACUGUGGCCACGAAUACACCAUCAACAACCUCAAGUUUGCUUGCCACGUGGAGCCCAGCAAUGCCGCCAUCCAGGAGAAACUGGCCUGGGCCAAGGAGAAGUACAGCAUCGGGGAGCCCACAGUGCCGUCCACCAUUGCAGAGGAGUUCACCUACAACCCAUUCAUGAGAGUGAGGGAGAAGACUGUGCAGCAGCAUGUGGGUGAGAUGGACCCUGUGACCACCAUGAGGGCCAUCCGCAAAGAGAAGGACCAGUUCAAGGUGCCGCGGGACUGAGGUGGCCGUGGUGCCUGGGUGUCCAAGGCUGCUGCUGUGCCACCUUCAACCACAUUUGGGUAUUCAGAUGUGUUAGGUGAAUUUCUGGCUAGGAGUGCAGGAAAUUCAGUCUCAGUUUAAUUUUAAAUUAAUUUCAGAGCACUUUGCUUGUGUUAUCAAAUGUUCUAAUGCAUAUUUAUAAGAGAAGAAGUUUAGAAAGUGUUUAUUCCCAGAAGCUCUGCUUGCAGACUGUGUGUUGUCUCCAGCCUUUCCACGGAGCC